AUGCAUAGUUAUUAUAAUCUUGCAGCACUGCAGCGUCGGCCCGUUACGCCCGUUAAACGAAUGACAACUGCGGGGAACCUAUCUGUCACUUCACGCGAUUACUCCUUCCUUUUUUGCUGUGCGACCGUCGAGAAGUAUUGCAAUAUGAGUGAGGGAAGAUACGUGCGUCCUCAUACCGAGGAAGAGGACGAGGCAACGGAUGUUUUGUCCUCAUCUACCUCUUCCGAAGCGUUGGGAAUAGAGAGUGAUGUGGAGAUACAUACCCCUUCGGAUACCGAUGAGAUGCGCGCUAGAUUGGCUAUUCUAGAGAAAGCUGUUGUCGACAUAGCAAAAGGGUUGUUGGAACGAGAACAAUCGGAGAAGGAGGUCAAACCGUCUAUCAAACCUGAGGAACCAAGAUGUAAGGAGGAAGUUAACUCAAAGGGUUUAGAAACGGCUGAUAACGCAGCGGGACGCAGCUCCAGAGGAAUACGUUGGGAUCACUUGCGGCCAUUCCCCCAGAAUCUACCAACGACCCGUUUUUGGGAGGAAUGGAGCAAAUUUAAAAUCAAUUUCGAGCUGUCAGCGGACCUCAACGGAGUUACGGGCGCGAAUCGAGCACAACUACUUUUGCUCUCAAUGGGGGAUCAGCUACAAGGAAUCUUAACAUCAGCUGAAAUAAAAGCGGAUUACGGGAGCAUGAGUUGCUACCCCGAUUUUGUGAGCGACAUAGAACAGUACCUGAGAUCUCUAGUCGAUGUAACUGCCGAACAGGACGCGUUCGCUGGUUUACGUCAGGGCUUCGACGAGUCGGCAGUGGCCUUCCAUGCUCGGUUGAGAGCAAAGGGAACCCUUUGUGGUUUUGGAGGUGACGAAAAAGCCAUAAGAGGGCAACUGCUAAGGGGCAUGUCAAAUCAGGCAGUUGCUAACCAAGCUAGAUUUUACAACCACGAUGCCAAAACAACGGUACAAGCCGCUACUAGGGCGGAGGCUUUUGCGGUAAAUAACCCAACUCCGCCGGAAGCCAUUUCAGCCGUAUCCUCAUCCCCAAGACCGACACGAUUCCCACUGUCAAAUGGCAACGUGCCCAGAAAUCGAUUCCAAAAUAAUUUUCGCGCUCGAUCAGGAAGAAGAGGUGCUAGAAACUUCUCCGGGGGCAGGCAAUUCGGCAAUUCCCCAUAUGGUAGGCCAUUUGAGGAUCAGCGCAGGAACCAACCUGAAGAAUCGGAAAACAAUCAAGCUGGCCGGAGAAAGCGGUGCGCUCGCUGCAAUCACACCGAUUGUUACAGAGGGGGAAUGUGCCCAGCGAUCUCGAGAAAGUGCUUUAACUGUGGCGUGAAAGGACACUACACGGAAACUUGCCAACAGUGGAAAAGAAUUAAUCGAAUGGAUGCAACUACAAGUGAGGUAUCGGAGGAAAAGGAUCAGAUGAUAAGAAAUGUGCCAGUAGACGACGCGAUUGUCAAUUGUCGUGUUGGAUCAUCUGAACCAAUUUCGUUUUUAGUCGAUUCUGGAGCGGAUGUAAACGUCAUUGGGGGUAGCGAUUGGAAAUGUUUGGAAUCAGAAUAUAAUGUAGGAUCAGCUGUUUUAAAAAUAAUCCACCAAUUAGAUUUUCCCGAGUUGAGAGCUUACGCAACCAAGUGUCCUAUGAAAAUAAAAACUGCGUUUGAGGCUGUAAUAGAAGUAAUUGGAGCUGAGAAACCGGUCAUCAAGGCAACAUUUAUAGUCAUACCGGAAGGCAAUCGAUCCUUGUUGGGGAGAGAUACAUCAAGUAAGAUGAAACUUCUCAAAGUUGGUCUUUCCGUAAAUGUCUGCUCAUCAAAAAGCAAUACUGCUAUUUUCCCGAAAAUGCCAGGGGUGAAAGUCAAAUUCACUGUUGACGAAAGCGUCCUUCCAGUUAAAAAUGCAUAUUUCAAUGUCCCGGCUGCCUUUCGGGAGGCUGCAAGGCAAAGGUUGUCCGAAAUGGAGGCUCGGGGGAUUAUAGAGAGGGUAUUAACGGCCCCCACAUGGAUUAGUGGCAUGUCGGCAAUUCCAAAAGGAAAGGAGGAUUUCCGAUUGGUAGUGAAUAUGAGAGCGCCAAACAAGGCCAUCAAACGAGAGUAUUUUCGACUGCCUCUUAUAAACGAAAUGAGAACGAAACUUCACGGUGCCCAGUACUUUGCCAAACUUGAUUUGACAAGUGCUUACUACCAUCUCGAGUUAGCCAAAGAAUCUAGGGACCUGACAACCUUCCUUUCCGAAAACGGAAUGUACCGUUUUACCCGAUUGAUGUUCGGGGUAAACUGCGCCCCAGAGAUAUUUCAAAGAGAAAUGUCUCGCAUUUUCGAAGGAUUAGAAGGGAUUAUAAUUUAUAUAGACGAUAUCCUCGUGUUUGCGGAUACGAUUAAAGAUUUGAGACUUAAAGUAGCUCAAGUUCUAGGCAUACUGAAGGCUAAUAACUUGACGGUCAACCAGGAGAAAUGCGAAUUUGAUAAGCAACGCAUAACAUUCUUAGGGCAUCUAUUAGAUAAACAUGGGUUUCACAUAGAUGAAUCGAAAAUCAACCAUGUUCGCAAAUUCAGAGAACCCAAAUCAGCAUCCGAACUACGCAGUUUUUUAGGACUGGCUUCCUUUGUAAGUGCCUACAUUAAGAAUUUCGCGGAUAUUACAAGCCCUCUCUGGUCGGUGGCAAACGAAAAGACUUGGAGUUGGGGCCCUGUACAUAGUAAGGCUUUCGAACAGAUAAAAAAGAAUAUCGUUGAGUCCACAGUAGCCUUAGGCUACUUUUGUGAAGUAGACAAGACCAUAUUAUAUACCGAUGCGUCCCCUAUCGCACUGGGAGCGGUCUUGGUCCAGGAAUCCGCUGAAGGAGAGAGGAGAAUUAUAAGUUUUGGAUCGAAAGCAUUAACCCCAACGGAAAAGAGAUAUGCUCAGCAUCAGCGGGAAGCCCUAGCAGCAGUAUGGGCAGUUGAACAUUUUUCUUAUUUCCUAUUAGGACGUCAUUUCACAUUAAAGACAGAUGCAAAGGGGGUGAGCUUUAUUUUGAAUCGAUCGAGAGAGGACUCGAAAAGGGCGUUAACCCGAGCCGACGGAUGGGCAUUAAGAUUAAGUCCUUACAGCUAUGAGGUUGAAUUCGUGAAAGGUAGAGAAAACAUUGCUGACCCUUCGUCGAGGUUGUACGUAGGAACUGAUGAACCAUUUAACGAGGAAUCGAACCCCUGGGAGUUGGCCGUGCUUGAAACAAAUAACCCGCAAUUUUUGACGAACGACGAAAUUUCCAAAGAAACUUCCCGUGAUGAAACAUUGGCUGGCGUCCUAGAAGCACUGAAAUCAGACAUUUGGUCGACACGACUACGAAGGUUUGAUCUGGUGAAGGCCGAACUUUACGAGAAAAAUGGACUCUUAUACAAAGGAGGCUGCGUUGUAAUUCCUAAAUGCCUCCAAGAAAAAACGCUGAAUAUCGCUCACAGUGGACACCCAUCCGCUGCCAAACUAAAAUCAAUUCUCAGAGAACGAGUAUGGUGGCCGGGUAUUCCUUCGGAUGCCGAGAACUGGGUAAAUGGAUGCAAAGUAUGCGCCGCCAAUGGUAGGCCUGAGAAACCAACGCCGAUGAAACGUAUUCCCGCACCCAAAAACGUUUGGGAAACUAUUGGAAUAGACUUUAAUGGCCCCUACGCUCACUUUGGAGGAAUUUACAUUCUAGUAGUGGUUGACUACAGAUCUAGAUUUCUCAUAGCAAAAGUAGUAAAAUCUACAAACUUCGACCAGACUAAGAAAGUACUUGACGACAUAUUCGGUAGAGACGGAUUUCCAGAUUGUAUUAAGAGUGACAAUGGGCCACCGUUCAACGGUACGGAAUAUAAGUUGUAUUGUAGAGAAAGAGGGAUACAAACUGUGUAUUCAACACCUCUUUUUCCACAGCAGAAUGGUAUGGUCGAGAACUAUAUGAAACUUAUAAACAAAGCUAUGUCUGCUGCUAUCGUGUCAAAGACAAAUUUCCACCACGAGCUGCAAGCGGCUGUGGAAUCUCACAAUGCAGCCAAACACCGCGUUAUCAAAUUAUCCCCAGAAGAGGUAAUGCUACGCAGAAAAGUUAAACGAGGUCUACCUUUAAUGAACAGAGGAGUAAUUCACGUUGAUGAUCAACUGUUAGACAAAGUGGAUUAUGAAUCAAAAUUGAAGGCCAAACAGCGAGAAGAUAUUCGCCGUGGGGCAAGGCAGUGUACCAUAAAACCGGGCGAUCACGUGAUUGUUGAACGACUUAAGAAAACUAAGGGAGACACAAGAUUCUCUCUUAAAAGAUUUACCGUUUUAAGUGAGGAGAACGGCAAACUUCGCCUGACAGACGAAACAGGAAACAUAAUGGAUCGACAUGUUUCACAGACAAAGAAAGUCCACAACUGGAGAGACGAGGAAAGUGAGCCAUCUAACAGUGAAUGUCUGGAGGAGUCAGUCGUCGAGCCACUGCAGAGGCCCGUAAGAGACAGAAAGAAACCUUCGCACUUGCGGGAUUAUGUGGACACAAUCGAGAGGAAAGAUUUGCAAAUGUGA